GGUCAGACCGAUAAGGUCGACAUCGACGAAGAAGACCCUUGAGCUGGCCUGCCGCAGGAUUAAUACUCCAUCAUCCAAUCAAGUAUAUAUUUAAAAAUACGCAAGAAAUCGUUCUUAGAAAUUCUGUCUCCCAGUUCGAUCAGGCCACAGGUUUCCUUGAAUGCGCUGACUGUGAAAGCCGUUUUCAGCUGUUGCUUGCGUUGAUUGUCAUAGGGCGGAGGAGCCGGUUCAGAUAUCUUUGCAGCAUCAACUUUCAAGUAUUUAUUCAAGUUAGCGAGCACGACCGUUUUAAAAAGAGCAGAAGAGGCAGAACCCAUCGAAGUCAAAAGGCGCUCUAUACUCAUUCAUCAUGGCAUCCUUACCAUCCACCGAAAAGCAUGAAUUUGUCGUUCUCGGUGCAGGAAUUGCGGGAUUGACGACGGCGCUGGAACUCAAGCAGAUCUAUCCCAAUAGCCAGGUGACGGUGGUUGCGAAACACUUCCCGGGCUCGGCAUCCAUGACCGAAUACACAUCGCCAUGGGCUGGGGCGAACUGGCACACGUUUGAACCGACAUACAACAAAUAUGCCAAGUACGACGAAGUGACGUUCGGACGGUUCACCAAACUGGCGAAACAAUCACCCGAAUGCGGGAUCAAACCGUGUCCGUUACGACUCAUCUAUGACAGCGAGGAGGACAUCAAGCAGAAUCCUUGGUAUGCAGAUCUUGUCGGUGGUAUUUCCAAGGUCCCCAAGAGUGAGCUGCCCCUUGGCGCAGGCGCCGGUGUCGACAUGGUCACAUUCAUGAUCAACACGGUCGUGUAUCUAUCCUGGCUCCAGAACCAACUACUCCAAUUAAAAGCGAUCUUGAAACGCAAGCCGUAUACACACAUUGACUCCGUCUUGGAUGAUUUUCCACAAGCAACAGCGGUUUUCAACUGCACAGGGCUAGGAGCAAGGCUGCUGGGCGGCGUUGCCGAUGAACUGGUAUACCCAACUAAAGGGCAGACGCUUCUGGUGGCGGAGCCGGCACAGCCGCUGCAGCGCAUGUACAUCCGGAUAUCUGGACGAUGGGGCAAUGAGUUUGCGCAUGUGUUUCCUCGGCCCUUGGGCGGAGGUGUCAUCAUCGGCGGUACCCGCCGUGACGAUGACUGGACCGCUGAACCAGACAUGCAGCUCGCCGAACGCAUCAAGCAACGUUGUUGUGAGAUUGCACCGGAGUUGGGUCAGCCGAAGGAUCUACUGGUCAUUAGUCACAAUGUUGGCUUGAGACCAUCUCGAAAGGGGGGCGCUCGAGUCGAACUAGAACGUCACCACGGACGCAUUCUUGUGCAUAACUAUGGGGCAGGAGGAGCAGGAUAUCAAUCCUCGUGGGGCAUGGCUGCAGGUGCAAUAAAGCUCUUACAGGAGCAUUUGGCUUCAAAGCCACGUCUAUGACAACAUUUUCUCACAGUCGACCCUCCAGACAUGAUUUUCGAUGGCUGGGCAGAUUCAUGUAGAAGAAAAUUGAAGUCAGAAAGCGAAGAAGAAAUCCAUUAGAUAGGAGGAGACUAUCAUCAGCCAGUAGAGGCCUUUUGGAAGUGGCCAUCUUUCGACCGAAGACUAAUGGGACCAGACUUUCUUCGGACUUAGCUUGACCUGACAAGGGUUCAACGGAAUGAUGCCCCUCUUCCAGACCAACAGAGACUGUGAUCUUGAGCUCACCCCUCGUUGCAUGCUUGCAGAGUUCUGAGGUUGGUUGUGGAAAGCACGGCGCAUGAGUCUCAAAACUUCCCUCAUAACUUCCCUCUACACUUUACGGACGUGCAGAGUAUGCUCAAUGGCAGUUGCUGUCUUCCCUUCGGUUAUUUCGUUCUACAGAGGACAGGAUGACAGGAUGACAGGAUGCGAGUCGAGUCAGUCAAAAGAUCAUGUGAUUCGAUGAAAUGUACUUUUGACCACUAUUGCUACCCGUGUGGUGUUCCGCAUUGGACUCGUCAACCAAGUGCCUACUCGGAGCGGGCAUAUAUUCGCUCCAUAUCCUCUCCCUCUAAUCCAUUGUGAUUAUUCUUGACGAGAGCAUCGAUUGCGUCGUCGAUCUUGUCCUUUCCUUCCAGUAAG